AUAAGAGGUACCACCAGCACUUAGGUUCAAUAUUGUUCAACAUUUCGGAGCAAAAUGUUUUAUAUUUUUCUUACAUUGUUAUCAAUUGUAGUCGUUUCGAGGUGCGAGACUGAAGAUGUGAGUGUGAUCACAAGUAAGGGUAUUGUCAUUGGUACCAAACGUGAUGGUUAUAGUACUUUUUUUGGUGUACCAUAUGCGAAGGUUAACGAGGAAAAUCCUUUUGGAAGCUACUUAGUUCAUCCGAUCUUCCAAAAGCCAUUCUACGCCAAUGACUCUUCUAUAUUUUGUCCUCAAGUGACGAAGCGCUUCGGAGGCAGCCUACAAUGUCUUCGACUCAACAUAUAUGUGCCACAUUCGGCCAAUGUUAACAGCACUGUACCAGUAUUGGUCUGGUUCUACGGAGGAGGAUUCGUCUUUGGCAGUGCCCAAGAAUACGGAGGCGAACAUUUGAUCAAACAUGGCAUUAUAGUAGUCACAGUCAACUACAGACUUGGUCCUUACGGAUUCAUGUGUUUGAACGAUCCUGCUGUGCCAGGAAACCAGGGAUUAAAGGACCAAAUAGGAGCUCUGAGAUGGGUGAGGAAGAAUAUAGAGUUCUUUGGAGGAGAUCCAUCCAAGGUCACUAUAGCGGGGGAAAGCUAUGGAGGUGGUGCCGUAGACUUGCAUCUCUACUCCAAAUACGAAACGUUGUUUGACAAAGUGAUCAUCCAAAGCGGUUCCUUGUAUGCUCCAGGGUUUUAUGGGAACCGAGAUCAUGAUGCAGCUAUACGACUAGCACAUCAAUUAGGGUUUAGAGUUGUGAACACAAAAGAAGCUUUACAAGCGUUGGCUAAAGAAAACCCUGUAUUAGUGAUGAAUGCAGCGAAGAACUUGGGGUAUAAAAUGACGGUGUGCAAAGAAGUUCGCUUUAAGGGGACCCAGCAAUUCGUUACUAAGUGUAUAAAUCACUUGAGUAACCCAGAUCGGAUUGAGAACAUACCUAUUAUGAUCGGGUACAACAGUAAAGAAGAUUUCGGGACAUACGCGAACAAACCGGCAGAGUUCUACGAAAGCUUGGGAGAUAUCUUCUACAAGAAUUUGCAGAAUCAUUUCGUUUUGAAAACUUGUGAAUUGGAGACAUUGAGUAAUAUUACGAGGAGUUUCUACCUUGGAAGCAAGAAGAUUGGGCCGGAGUCUAUGUUGGAGUUGAGCGAUUAUUCUUCUGACUUUAAAUUGAACUAUGCUGUUGAGAAAUCUGUGUCUAAGUACUUGGAACAAGGAGGGAGGGUAUACAAGUAUAUGUUCUCUUAUAUAGGGGGUAGUGUGUACCAGAACAUUACUGGUGCAGGGGCGGUACACACAGAAGAACUGAAGUAUUUGUUUGAAGCUGGUGUGAAAUUGACUUCUGAUGAACAAAGGCUGAUGAGGGAUCGCAUGACGACUAUGUGGGCUAACUUUGUUAAGCUUGGAAACCCGACGCCACAGAAGACGCCCCUUCUCCCAGUGACGUGGAACCCUGUAUCUGGUAACGCCAGACAAUACAUGAACAUUGACGUCACAAUGUCUAUGAAAGACUAUGCCUACAGACACAGGAUGGCUUUCUGGGACCUCUUCAUGCAAAAAUACGAUAAGAAGAGCUAAAGUUUUCAUUAAAAUUCUACUAGAAUAAUUAUUAUUAUGCAUAGUGUAGUAAUCUUCAUUCUGAAUUUAAUUAAAAGAGACUGGUUAUA